AUGGCUCACCUAAAGAUCCACGGUUUGGUCCAGAUCCGCAGCACAAACAGGAGCAAGCACACCAGGGCAUCUCAGUGGAAGGAAGCAGUCAUCGAAGUAGUAGAAAGAAAACAGAAAGUUAAUCUGGUGGUCUCUUUCAAGUUGGAAGAAAGGAGAAGGGUUUUUCAGCUGGGUGAUAACGUUACAGGCGUAGCCCUUAGUGGUGAGCUGGGACUGUAUCAUCUGGAUUUAACUCUGAGAGACGACACAUCCUUACUCAUUGACAAGUUAUCCGCUGAAGACGUCGAACAUCUGAAGCCGUUCCUGGAUUUCCCUACUCCGUAUGAAGCUGAACAACCCAUGGAGCCUGAGAGUAAUCAGGAUGCCCUUGAAAGCAGUGAUCCAUUUUGCAGUGAGCACCAAGAGGCAGCCUGUGGGUCCCUGAGUAUCACUUCGGAAAGUGGGACACUACUCUCCCGAAAGAUACCGCUCUGUAUGUCAAGCAUCACAGGCAGUCAUGCUGACAAAAAGAGAGGAGAAAAACAAGGCAGAAAGAGGAAGACAGAACCAUCAACAUCCACUGCAGAACCGAGCAAGGAGGUUCCCAAAGAAAACGCUCCUGAGCAAAAGAAGAAAUCCAGGCGAUAUUAUUCCAGGAAUAAAGGCAAAGCAGAGAAGCCUGUGACUUUAAGAGAACAAGAGAAGCGCAACAACUGGAAACUUGAACCUGCUUUCAGUUCCAAAUCCUACGGAAAGCCUCACCUAGAUGGCACUAUUCUUCCAAUCGCGACAUGCUCUGAUGACAGAGAUGUAUCAAUAUUUGGCCUGGAGAUCAUAACACAUAACGGAGUCCAGUCUCUUUCUGACCCUUACCUAAAUCAACUAAAACGUGAAGGCUUCCCCAAUUUGGGAAAUACUUGUUACAUGAAUUCCAUUUUACAAUCUGUCUUUGGAAUUCCAACCUUCGCAAAGGACUUACUCACUCAAGGUAUCCCUUGGGAGAAAGUUUCCUAUGAUGACCUUAUCAUGCCUUUAAGCCAGCUUCUUGUCUUGAAAGACAUUCGGGACAUAGAGAUCAAGGGAGAGUUACUCACCAGUGUGAAGAAGUCCAUUUCCACAGUCGCAGACACAUUCUCGGGCAAUGAACAGAACGAUGCCCAUGAGUUUUUAAGUCUGUGUUUAGACCAGCUGAAACUGAACAUGGAAAAAGUAAAUGCCAUGUGGGCUAGUGAGAGGAGAAACAUGUGUGCUGGGACCUCUACCACCAAAAGGUUUGUUUGUCCCGUUGGUGCUAAUUUUGAAUUUGAGCUGCAUAGCUCCAUCGUCUGUGAAGGCUGUGGUGAGGCUACUAUCAAAACCGAAGUGAGCAACUAUCUGUCCAUUGACCUGCACCACGGGACAAAAGCACACCCUCUCUCAAUUCAAAAGUCUUUUGAUCUUUUCUUUACACCAGAAAAAAUCGAGCAUAACUGUGAUAAAUGCAAGAACAAGAAUUCUGUUCUCAAGUACACACUGAGGAGACUCCCCAGGGUCCUCAUUGUUCAUCUGAAACGCUACCAAGUUACCACUGACUUGUUGCCGGUGAAGAGUGAGCAGCCAGUUGAGAUUUCUAAGUAUCUAAAUAUAUCUUCCCACUGCCAUGAAAACAGGAAGCUACCGUUUCCUUUGCUCAAUACACCUCCACGCCUCUCUCCAGGUAUUAUACCUGAGAUCUUCAGCCAGUCAAUGCUAUCUAAGAAGAUGACUUCAGAAUCCUGUGACCCCAUGAUUCUACAGGUUGGAUCCAGUGUGGAUGCCGAAAUACAAAGCUUCCAGAUAAUGUAUGAGGAUGACGAUGCCAGUGAGGAUGACGAGGAGCCGCAGAGCAGCCUGGAAGGUGGUUCUUCUAUGCUAGAGCCAGAACUAGUGAAGACAGAAAACAGGCUACUCAGACAGAAGAUAUCACCAGCAUCUGACUCGAUGAUGGGUGAGGGAUACAGCUUCCUUCCUAUGCUCUGUGAGCCUAUGAGCAUUCAAGAUCCAGGUCUUGCGGAGAUGGGUCUUCAAGAGGUUCCAGAGAAUCCAGAAUUUAAGAACUUUGAGAAAAUUAACCUAUACGGAAAGUCAGAUUGUCGCACUGAGUUGUCAAAACUCUACCAGAGUCAUGGAAGCCGAAUCAAGGGUCCGUUUCUACCGACAUCACUUGCAAGUGUUAGUUCUCCCGAAGAUCCAGACAAGGACCUGAGUAGGUCUUCAGAUUUGGAGGAAGAUGACCCACAUUCCUUUGCACUGGGUUCUGAUGAUUCAAAGGAUGUGGAGAUGGGAGAUGAUCUUCAGAAUUACAGGCUCGUCAGUGUUGUCAGCCAUUUUGGGAGCUCCCCAAAUUCAGGCCAUUACGUAAGUGAUGUGUAUGACUUUCAGAGGCAAGCCUGGCUCCUUUACAGUGAUGUCCAAGUGUUCGAGAGUUCAGAUCCCUCCAUUCAAGAGAAUAGGCUAAACAGCGGAUACAUUUUCUUUUACAUGCAUAACGAGAUUUUUGAGGAACUGUUGAAAAAGGCAUCGGAGUGCAGAGUCCUUAGCACAUCCAAAGAUGAAAAGAGGGACAUAGAUUAUUUCUCAACACUGCUUAACGGCCUUACAUACAUCCUAGAAGAAUUCUAA